CUUAUCAUAUUUUUUUUGUAGAGUUUAUCUAAUUUUUUUAAUUUUCCACUAUUCGCGUAAAAUUUAGUUAAAUUCCAUGAAUCUAUCGUUAACAUUAGUGAAAUACGAAAAAUUAUAUUAUUAGUGAUGUUAUAAUAACUUGAAUUUUAUACUAUUUUCACUUUCUUACAUUUUAUAACAAUGAAUUUACUAUUUUGCUUAUCGUAUUGCGUAAUUUUCUUAGUGCCUUGUAUAAUUGCAACUGAAACAAAAAACACAGCUUUAUACGAUAUAGAAGGUAUCGUGUAUCCUCCUGAUUUCAUUCCUCAUAGCAAAAGGCAAUCAUGGUUAGCCGAAACCAAAGUUUAUGUGAGAGGCGGAUAUCACAUAGGAUUCCUAAAAGAAAACGGCUCAUUCACUAUUAGUAAAUUGAAGCCGGGAUCGUAUAUAGUUGAAGUAGUAUCCAGUAACUAUGUUUACGAAUCCGUUCGAGUCGAUAUCAAUACGAAGGGUAAAUUUAGAGCUCGUAAAAUCAAUUAUCUACAAGUUACGCAAAUUUCGCCGUUACCUUACCCCUUAAAACUAAAAGCAAUAGCACCUGCUCGCUAUUUCUACGUUAGAGAGCAAUGGAGAUUAGUUGAUCUUUUAUUUAAUCCUAUGGUGAUUAUGAUGGUGUUACCUUUAGCUUGUAUAAUGUUACUGCCUCAUGUAAUCAAUGACCCUGAAGCUAAAAAAGAAGUAGAACAAUUUCCCAGUUUCUCAAAGUACGAUUUACCCGAAGUAUCCGAAGUAAUCACCUCUUUGUUUUCUGGAACCAACGAUAAGCAAAUAAGUCGUACCAGUAAGCAGAAAAAAGGAAACAAAUGCAGUUCGUCUUCGUAAUUCGUAGCAUUCGAUGAGAGAUAUUUUAAAAUGAAAAAAAGCGAUUGUUGUACGCUUAUUUAUUGUUUUAUUUGGCGUUGUAGAAAAUUGGCAUUAGUAUUUUACGAUUUUUUUUUUCAUUGUAAAUAUUGGAGUACUCUAGUUCAACAAUGUUUGUAAAUUUUGAUUUAUUGAGACGUUGAAUUUAUAUAUCUUAAGAUCUUUUGCUGAAAAUUUGUAAAUAUUAAAUUUACCUACUUCAUUUAUUAGUAACACGUAUGAUGAUAAUCCAAAAAAAAAAAAAAAAACGUCAUCGUAAUAAGUCCACGUAUUAGACCUUCGAUUCAUUUUACGAUUCUUGAAAUUCUCAUCGGUUUUUUACGUAUUUUAUUUACGAAAAUACACUUUGAAAUACAACUUGUAUCUAUUUAAAUUUAUAAUUAUGAAUAAUAUUAGUCAUGUUUUAAUGUUUUUCCUUGUUUAGAAUCGUUUUGCAUACAUAAUUUUCAAAUUUCAACGAUGUGUUCAUUUAUUUUCCGUGUGAAAUAAAUAUGCGAUAUCAAUGAUA